CGCCGCCAGUGGCUGCCCCCGCCGAGGUUGCGGCGCCUUCCGCGCCGGCGAGCAGCGCCGGCGGGGCGGCUGCCAAGGCCGCCUGGCUGGCCUCCCUCGACACGGAGCCGUCGUGGAAGGGCGACGGCCUCGCGGCGCCGCAGCCGGCGCCAGCGGCACCCGCGACGGCGGCGGCGGCGACGAGCGAGGCGGCGGCCAAAACUGCGUGGCUGGCGUCGCUCGACCGCGAGCCAUCGUGGAUGGGAGCGGCCGCGGCCGCACCGGCGCAGGUGGGCUCCGCGGUGCCCCCACCCGCGCACGAGCCGUCCGACGAGGAGAAGGCCAAGGCUGCCUGGCUGGCUUCCCUCGACAAGGAGCCGUCGUGGAAGGGAGGCAGCUCGGUGGUCGGCGUGCCUGCGUCGGCCGCCGCCGGCGUUGCCGCGCCGGCGAGCACCAGUGAGGCGGCUGCCAAGGCCAAGUGGCUCGCUAGCCUGGACUCUCAGCCGUCUUGGAAGGGCCGCGGGUCGGGCGCGCCGACGGCUCCAGUGGUGGUGCACGCAGCGGCGGCGGUUGGGCCCACCGCCGCGGCGCCUCCCCCGGCGGCGGCGAGCACCGGCGAGGCGGCUGCCAAGGCCGCCUGGCUCGCCUCCCUCGACAAAGAGCCGUCGUGGAAGGGAGUCGCCGUGCCGACGACGGCUCCGGUGGCGGGUGCUGCGGCCGCGACGGGCCGCGUCGUCCCGACAGCCGAGCUUGGCUCCGUGGCUGAGCGCGAGGUGGCAGCGAAAGCAAAGUGGCUCGCGAUGGUGGAGCAGGGAAAGUAGCGCGCUGGCGCCGCGCGCCGCGCUCGGCGCCAUGCUUGAGCUUGUGUACAGUAGCGGCGGCGGUGCCGUGCGUGGCCAUCGCUGCUUGCGUCGUGUUGUGCGUGAUUUCAUGUCUCGGGUGGGGGUCCGUGGGGGUGUGCGGUCUCGCCGCGGGGGGGCCGUGCGGGUGUUUUCGGUGAGCUCCAUUUUUUGCGGUGCCGCGCAACCGGCGCAGGCGUUUGCGGUUUGGCUUUUUCAGACCGCCACAGAGAGAG